GUAAAUCCCAGGGAACUCGCCGGUUACCCACUGCCUCCCGCCGGCCGAUGGACUGCGAGCCGUGAGCGGAGCUACAUAUAGAGAGCCGAUGCAGCAAAUUUGUUUUACAUGAGGAAAUACUUGUGCGAAAGAAUCAGCAAGCUCAUUCAGCAACAUGUCGACUGUACAGACGACAGUGGCUGAGAUCCGCUCCAGGGCUGGUGGUUAUGAGAAGACAGAUGAUGUGUCUGAAAAGACCUCUCUAGCUGACCAGGAAGAAGUGAGAACCAUUUUCAUUAACCAGCCUCAACUGGCAAAAUUCUGCAACAAUCAUGUCAGCACUGCAAAGUAUAAUGCCAUCACUUUUCUGCCAAGAUUUCUCUAUUCUCAGUUCAGACGAGCUGCCAAUUCCUUUUUUCUGUUCAUUGCACUGCUUCAGCAAAUUCCCGAUGUAUCACCAACUGGCCGAUAUACAACACUGGUCCCUCUCUUGUUCAUUUUGGCUGUCGCAGCUAUCAAAGAAAUAAUAGAAGAUUUUAAACGGCAUAAAGCAGACACUCAGGUGAACAAGAAGAACACACACGUGCUAAGAAAUGGUGCAUGGGAAAUAGUACACUGGGAAAAGGUGGCUGUAGGGGAGAUAGUGAAAGUGACCAAUGGGGAACAUCUCCCAGCAGAUCUCAUCAGUCUUUCGUCCAGUGAGCCUCAAGCCAUGUGCUACAUUGAAACCUCAAACCUAGAUGGAGAAACAAAUCUUAAAAUCCGACAGGGUAUGUCUCAAACCUCAGAAAUGAAGGAUAUCGAUACACUCAUGAGCAUCUCUGGCAGGAUUGAAUGUGAAAGUCCUAAUAGACAUCUAUAUGACUUCAAUGGAAACAUCCGGCUAGAUGGACAGGGAACUGUGCCAUUGGGUCCUGACCAAAUUCUAUUGCGAGGAGCCCAGUUAAGGAAUACACAGUGGGUUCAUGGGAUUGUUGUGUACACCGGACAUGACACAAAACUUAUGCAGAAUUCAACGAGACCUCCUCUCAAGCUGUCAAACGUAGAGCGUAUAACAAACGUGCAGAUAUUGCUGCUGUUUGGCACCCUAAUCACCAUUUCUCUGGUCUGCUCCAUCGGCGCCUCUAUUUGGAAUUCCCGGCAUGAUGAGAAAGACUGGUAUCUCAUAUUAAACUAUGGUGGAGCUAACAACUUUGGACUGAACUUCUUAACAUUCAUCAUUCUCUUCAACAACCUCAUACCUAUCAGUUUGCUGGUUACACUGGAAGUGGUGAAAUUUAUCCAAGCAUAUUUCAUAAAUUGGGAUGUCGACAUGCAUUAUGAACCAACAGAUACGUCUGCCAUGGCACGCACAUCGAACCUUAAUGAAGAGCUGGGCCAGGUAAAAUACAUAUUUUCGGACAAGACUGGGACCCUGACCUGCAAUGUCAUGCAGUUUAAGAAGUGCACUAUAGCAGGGAAUGCCUAUGGUCAUUGUCCAGAGCCAGAAGAGUAUAGGUACUCAGAAGAUAGUUGGCAUGAUUUACAGAAAGAAGAAGAAAAUGUGGGCUUCAAUGAUGCUGCUUUAUUAGAGAAUCUGGAAAACAAUCAUCCAACUGCGCCAGUGAUCUGCGAGUUUCUCACAAUGAUGGCAGUAUGUCAUACUGCAGUGCCCGAACGGGAAGGCGACCAGAUCAUCUAUCAAGCAUCUUCACCAGAUGAAGCAGCUCUGGUACGAGCGGCGCGGGAUCUGCGUUUCUGUUUUACCGGCAGAACACCAGAUACCGUUAUAAUAGAAUCUCUUGGUAAAGAAGAACGAUUCGAGUUGUUAAAUGUGCUUGAAUUUACAAGUAAUCGAAAACGUAUGUCUGUGAUCGUUCGUAAUUCAUCAGGGAAACUGAGAUUGUACUGCAAAGGAGCUGAUACGGUCAUUUAUGAUCGCUUGGCUGAAACAUCCAAGUAUAAAGAAAUUACCUUAAAACAUUUGGAGCAGUUUGCUACAGAAGGUCUAAGAACCCUCUGCUUUGCUGUAGCAGCGAUUCCAGAUAGUGUAUACGAAGAAUGGUUGGACGUAUAUCAUAGAGCAUCUACCUCCAUACAAAACAGAACUCUGAAACUGGAGGAGUGCUAUGAACUGAUAGAGAAAAACCUCCAUUUACUUGGAGCCACGGCCAUUGAAGACAAACUACAAGAUAACGUGCCAGAAACUAUAGAGACAUUGAUGAAAGCGGAUAUCCAUAUUUGGAUUCUAACUGGAGAUAAACAAGAAACAGCCAUAAAUAUAGGACAUUCGUGUAGAUUGCUGACCAGAAACAUGGGGUUAAUAGUUAUUAAUGAAGGCUCACUCGAUAGCACCCGGGAGAUUUUAAACCAUCAUUGCAGUAAACUUGGUGACUCCUUGAGGAAGGAAAAUGACUUUGCUCUAAUUAUUGAUGGCAAAUCGCUGAAGUAUGCGUUGACAUUUGGUGUGCGGCAGUAUUUUCUGGAUCUUGCACUUUCAUGUAAAGCUGUAAUUUGUUGCAGGGUCUCCCCACUCCAAAAAUCGGAGGUUGUAGAUAUGGUAAAGAAGCAAGUAAAAGUUAUCACUCUGGCUAUUGGAGAUGGUGCAAAUGAUGUCAGCAUGAUUCAGACUGCUCAUGUCGGUGUAGGGAUAAGUGGAAACGAAGGACUGCAAGCUGCCAAUUCUUCUGAUUACUCCAUAGCACAGUUCAAGUAUCUUAAAAACUUACUACUGGUCCAUGGUGCCUGGAACUAUAACAGAGUGUCAAAGUGUAUCCUGUACUGCUUCUACAAGAAUAUUGUGCUGUAUAUCAUAGAGAUCUGGUUUGCUUUUAUGAAUGGCUUCUCUGGUCAAAUUCUCUUCGAAAGAUGGUGCAUUGGCCUUUAUAAUGUGAUGUUUACUGCUCUUCCUCCUUUAACCCUUGGAAUAUUUGAGCGAUCCUGUCGUAAAGAAAACAUGCUAAAGUAUCCAGAGUUAUACAAGACCUCACAGAAAGCCUUAGACUUCAAUACCAAGGUUUUUUGGGUUCAUUGCUUGAAUGGUCUUUUCCACAGUGUCAUCCUUUUCUGGUUUCCAUUGAAAGCUCUGCAGCACGAUACUGUAUUUGGGAAUGGAAAGACCUCAGAUUAUCUCUUAUUGGGUAACAUCGUUUAUACUUUUGUGGUGAUUACCGUAUGUUUGAAAGCUGGUCUGGAAACUGCGCACUGGACUGUGUUCUCCCAUAUUGCUAUCUGGGGGAGUAUCUUGCUGUGGAUACUAUUCUUUGGCGUUUAUUCUUCUUUGUGGCCUGCAAUUUCUAUAGCACCGGACAUGUCUGGAGAGGCGAAUAUGAUGUUCAAUUCUGGAUUUUUUUGGAUGGGCCUUAUCUUUAUCCCUAUUGCAUCCUUGCUUCUUGAUGUAUUUUACAAAACUGUGAAAAGAUCCUGUUUUAAAACCUUAGUUGACGAAGUUCAAGAGCUUGAAGCGAAGUCGCAGGAUCCGGGUGCUGUUGUGCAUGGAAAAAGCUUAACUGAGAGAGCGCAGUUACUGAAAAAUGUCUUUAAGAAGGGCACGGCAAGCAUGUACCGUUCGGAGUCUGUACAGCAAAACCUGCUCCAUGGCUAUGCUUUUUCCCAGGAUGAAAAUGGAAUAGUCUCCCAAUCUGAAGUGAUCAGAGCCUAUGACACCACAAAACAAAAAGCCGAGGAAUGGUGAAAUCAAGUAGUUGUGUGUGCACUAAUGCCAUAUCCUUCACCAAAUCACAAGAUCUUGUCUCUGAGAUAACCAUAUGUCAAAGCUUCUAUUCUGAAAGUUUAAAGGAGAUCUGUGGUCGAUCACUAUUAACAGAAGUAAAAGAAGCGGAAAAGACUUUUAAUGUGUAAAAAUAAAAUUAAAAACUGCACACAGAUUUUAGUUGUGACGAGAUUAAUACAUACAUUUUCAGCAAACAGUAACUUGUUAACAGUAUUACCAGUUAGGAUAAAAAAGUAUGUGGCUGCUUUUGCUAACCAAUGGGUUUCCAAAAUGUCCCCACUUUCACAUCACUAAUGUUUAGCUUAGUGUGAAUACGACUAGGUUAAAAAUCAUGGUUAAAAAAAAUCAACUCAAGCUGAAAAAAGACCUAAUUUCCAUUGGAAUCACUGGAUCAGCUGUCUUGACUAAUUUUUUUGUAGUCAUUGAGUGGUGUCAAACUAUUUGAAUUAAUAUGUUUGCCAAAGAAGAAGUGUUUUCACAUUUCACUGCAAUACAUUUUUGGAAAGUCUUUAAAAUGGUUGUAGAAGCUCCACAAAUUUGCUUGCAUCUUCACAAAGCUAAAUAAAUCCAAAUGGAAAAGUGAGCAGCAUGAUACAUGAGGCUGUUAUCCAUUUCUCUUACUGGCACUUGAUUGUGUUAUCGCAGGGCUAGAACUACUUCUGUGGGCUCGCAAAGCAUAUUGGGAGAUGUAGUUCCACAACAUCUGGAAAGCUGCCAGUGGUUCAGCCCAGUAUUAUCGAUUUCACACCUUCAGCCUUACUCAUACUUCACAGUUUACCUUGUAGGUUAGAUUUGUGAAUAUUUUUUUUGCUUAAAUCCGAAAGUUCGAUUACACCAACACACCUUUUUCCUACAUCAUAUUGUUUUGAAAUUAAUUUCUAAUUUUAUUUUACUAGGAAGCCAUUUUUUUUACUUUUUUUUUUUUUAUUAUUAAUUACACAUUUAUGUUUUUCGAAAACUAUAUACAAUUCCCUAUGUUUCCAAAAGCAAUGUGUAACAUUUUCUUUUUCGCACAUAAAAAAGUGAGUUGACUUAUUGCUCAGAAUUUUAAAUUUCAUCAACAAUUGUUUUUAAAAAAUAAAAAAUAAAAAAAUAUCCGGGAGAAUUACAACUUAAAGAGCAUGAGCUGAGAAUUAUUUCACAUUAAAUUAUUUUAUCUUAAAUUAAACAUUCCAAAAAAUUAUUAUUGAUCAGUAUUAACCUGCAUAUAUUUUCCCAGAUAGAAAAAAUAUGAAUUUAUAAUAGUCUUAUUUUAUACAAAAUGGAGUUUGAUGAAUAAAUGAGCCUUGUAAUUCAAAAUUUGUUUUGGUUUUUUUAACAUGAACAUUCUGGCAAUGGUUUGUCAUUCCCCAAAAUUGGAUUUUAGCAAAAGAAGUGUUUUAUACACACACAUACGUAUGCAAAAUAUAAUUAUUUCUUCGUAUUAAAAUGGUAUCAUGUCUAUAAGAUAUGGAAUUUACCCUC